AUGAAAAAGAACAAGUCUCUGGCGCGUUGCUGGCCAGACAGGCCGGAGAUCAUGUCCAGAUAUACCCAACUGUUGUUUGUUUGCUUCCUUCUAGUCUGCUUCCAUGUUUGCGACUCCGAUGAUCUUUAUGUGUCCCAUUACUGCUCCAACGAUACAUUAUACAACGUGAAUAGUACCGACGGCCAAACUUAUAGAAACAACCUUAAUUCUCUGCUCUCCGCAUUGAAAUCAAACGCUGCUCGGCCAAAUGGAUUCUACAAUUUCACCGCCGGUACCGGUGCCGCGACCGUGUAUGGAUUUUUUCUCUGCCAGGGCGGUAUUACAACAAGCGAUUGUCAAGGAUGCACUAUUAAUGCCGGAAGAGACAUUUUAGGCAACUGCGGGGACAAAAAGCAGGCUGUUCUUUGGUACGACUCAUGCAUGAUGCGGUAUUCAAAUGAAUCCAUCUUUUCUGUUCUGAAUCUAAACAAUAGCUAUACUCAGUACAAGCCGGGUAACGCAAAGAACCAGACGCUGUUGGACCGGGCUUUGAAUGAAUCGUUUAGUCAGAUAGCCACCCGGGCUGCGAACGAGGAUCCGAAUUCCGGCUUCAAAUUGGCAUUUCAAGAAGCCAAUUACACGUCGAAUGAUAACACCAAGUUGUACGCGAUGGGACAGUGCACUCCUGAUCUUUCCAGUUCGGAUUGCGGAACUUGCCUCAACUCUGCUAUUUCGUAUAUGUUCGAUUGCUGCAGUGGUCAAGAGGGAGUUAGGGUGCUUCUCCCCAGCUGCUUUAUUAGGUACGAGACGUUUCCGUUUUACCAACUUCCAUCGCCUCCACCGCUGGAGCCGGCCACUCCCAGCCUUCCUCCGUCUUCUCCUCCUCCUCUCGGCGAGGCUACUGCAAGUAGUAAAGAUACAGAGAGUGCCUCAACCACGAAAAUUGUGGCCAUCAUUGUCCCAAUCACUGCCAUACUUGCGAUUGUAUUAAUGGUGUUCUGCUUUGUACGGAAGGCAAAAAAGAAACAAAAUGCCAUUCAUGAAACACCAGAAUCCUUGCAGUACAGUUUUGCUCAAGUUCAAGCUUGCACAAACAACUUUGCUCUUGAAAAUAGGAUUGGUGAAGGCGGAUUUGGUUGUGUGUACAAGGGUACAUUGCCAAAUGGGCAAACUGUAGCGGUGAAGAGAUUGUCUAGAGGCUCAUCACAAGGUAGAGAAGAGUUUAUCAAUGAAAUUGUGCUAGUUGCAAAACUUCAGCACAGGAAUUUAGUUCGACUAUUGGGUUAUUGUUUGGAAGGCGAAGAAAAGCUGCUCAUUUAUGAAUAUGUUCCAAACAAAAGCCUUGACUACUUUCUUUUUGAUCACGAGAAGAAAUCAUUGUUGAAUUGGGUGACUCGUUAUAAGAUUAUUAGAGGAAUAGCAAGAGGGCUUCUAUAUCUUCAUGAAGAUUCUCGUCUGAAGAUUAUACAUCGUGAUCUCAAAACAAGUAAUGUGUUGCUAGACCAAAAUAUGAAUCCAAAAAUUGCAGACUUUGGCACCGCGAGACUUUUUAAAAUCGAUCAAUCUCAAGCAAACACUAACAGGAUUGCCGGUACAUUUGGUUAUAUGGCUCCGGAAUACGCAUUGCAUGGCUUGUUCUCGGUGAAAUCAGAUGUAUUCAGUUUUGGUGUUUUAGUAUUGGAAAUGAUAAGUGGAAGGAAGAACACUAAAUUUCUACAAUCAGAAGCUGGUGAUGACCUUCUAGGUUAUUCUUGGAGAAUUUGGAGAGAUGGAACACCCUUAGCAUUGCUUGAUCCGAACAUCCCUGAUCCCUUUGACAAAAAUGAAGUGAUUCAAUGUAUUCACAUUGGCUUACUGUGUGUCCAAGAAGAUCUUCAACUCAGGCCUACCAUGAACUCAGUGGUCUUGAUGCUGAAUAGUUACUCCGAUACGUUGCAAAUUCCAAAUCCACCACCAUUGUUUGGCCAUAGUACGCAAUGUCCAGUAAGGCAAUUCAAUUCUAAGCAGGAUGAUGAAAACACAAUAAAUGAGACGGUCAUCACCGAACCUCAUCCUAGAUGAUUGCCGGAUGGACACUUACUAUGAGUAUUCUUCAUAUUUGUGAUUGGACAGUUCAAAAUGAUCAUGUUGGAGUUUCAAUAUAUAGUUGUCAAGAGUAAAUAUAAACUUGUUAUUAUGAGGCCCAAUAUUUUUAGAAUACUUCAUGUCAUAUGCAAAAUAAACAGUCAUGUUGUUUAGUACGUAGUUUAUGUGUGGAGCAUUGAGAAAAACAUCUACAUAUAUAUAGGAGAG